GGAUCCACACGGAGCAGGUCCAUGCGCGCUGUGCCCUGGAGGACCAGACCCCCGACAGCUUGAGGUUCCAAUACGCCUACGACGGGCAGGACUUCAUCAGCUUCGACAACCAGACGGGGACGUGGGUGGCGGCCGUGCAGCCGGCCUUUGUACAGAAGCAGCGCUGGGAGACGGACAAGACCUGGACGCGGUAUGUCCAGUGGUUCCUGCAGGAGGAGUGUCUGCAGACCCUGCGGAAGCUGGUGCAACAAGGACAAGGGGUCCUGGAGCGGCAGGUACCCCCCGAGGUCUCGGUGUCCCGCAGAGCCGCCCCCCACGGCCCCGUCACCCUCUCCUGCCGCGCCAGCGGCUUUCCCCCGC